UUAUAACUUAAAACCAAAAAACACGGCUUACAAAUGAACAGCAUUGGCGAGGAUUGCAACGAGCUGAAGAAGCAGUAUGACGCCUGCUUCAAUAGCUGGUUCUCGGAAGGAUUCCUCAAGGGUCAGACAGAUGACUCGGGCUGCGCGCCGAUUUUCCGGGUUUAUCAGGAGUGCGUCAAGCGUGCCAUGCGAGACCAGAAAAUUGAACUCCGAGAGGUUGGAUCAGAGUACUCGACAGGCUCCGAGUACGACAACGCCAACAAUUCUGGCACCAAGGCGCAGCCAAAAACCAAGAGUUGACCCUUAACGCCUCUGCAGCACUCUGGCUACGGCCUUGAUUCCACUUUCGGCCAGGAACAGGUUUCCAGUAGUCUCAUCGGUUGUCAGCGCCGACACCAGAGAGGCGGAACGGCGUAGGAGUCGGCUGAUUGGUUUACUACUACAUACCAAAAGCAGAUUCGGUUAAGCAACAUGGCUUCUAUAUCCAUAAAGCUAGAUCUUAUAUAAAUUAUGUAGUGAAUGUUGUAAAAUUAAGUUCAAUUAGCGAACUCAAAAAGUGUUAUAUUCAGUCAGUCUCCGGUUUUAAUUUGCUCAAUGGUAUUUAAAUACACGGACAGAAUAAGUUAAGACCGGAGUCCUCCUUAUUGUGCAUAAUAGAAAUAAAGUGUUAUAUCAUAA